AUGUGUGGGGUUCUUCUCGGAACGGGGGAUGGUCGUCGGAGCAAGACGGCGCGGACCUUUCAGUGCAUGUUAGACAACCGCUGGCGGGAGACGCCGUAUGUUUGGGCUUCGGUGAGAGAGGUGGCGGGGGCGAGGAAGGAUCCCAACUACCGCUUGACGGCCUGCACGGCCUGCAUCAACUGGAUACGGAGGUCGGUGCCGAGCAACGAGCACGCAGAGCAGAGCGUGGGGAAGCGGAAGGUGUACCUCCUGAUCGACCGGCUGAUCUGCUUCUCCCUUGCUCCCGGGGAGGUGGCGUGCCCAGACAUGCGGAACAUGCGGAGGCUUCUUUCCUGCCUCCUUGAUGAGAGGGUAGUGGGGAAGGAGCGGGUGGUGAACUACUACCGCGCCGCUGUGCUGCCCGAGCACCUGCGUCAGGCGCUGGAGGAGUGCGGCGGGACGUCAACAAUAGCUCUCCGGUCUUCCGCCAUCCCAACACCGCCUACAUCGUGCGGAAAGCGCUGGGGUGGACGAAAUGGGAUAGCAGCGUGCGGGUAUGUAUUAAACGUGAUGGCAGUGAAUGGGAUGGCGAGGAGGACGAAGAUGCAACAUUCGGGUGUGAUGAGCUCGGGAGCCCCGUCGACGGCGCCUGACACCACCCUGGAGGUGUGCUGCGUGGGCAUCGCCGAUCCGCAGUAUAUGCCCGAAGCGCUGCACGAGGUAGAGCGGAGGGUAAGGGCGGAGGCGCUGGCAGAGGCGGAGGGAGUGCCUUGCGCUGCGCUGGAGGCCGGGAGCUGGAAGGAGUUUCGCGGGAGCGCGCUGGCCUGGGCCCGUGGGUACCGUUCCUCUCCUCCCUCGGGUUGUGUCCUUCCGCAUAACCUUGGCGUGGUCUCCUUCGUUAGUGGCAUGCUAUCGUACCGCGUGCCGCAGGUGGAGGCAAGGGAGCCCGAGACGGGGAGGAAGAGGAAGGAUCACGAGGAUGAGUGCUAG